AUGUCGAAGGAUUUGAAAGCUUUAUUAGUUUCUUUCAAAGAUGCUACACUGUAUUGGGUUACUAAUUUGACGAGCGAUAAGAUUUCUCGAAUUAAGGCAGCAAAAGUGGCCGAUCCAUUAGAUGAGCUAUUGAAGUUAGUCAAGUUGAUUAAAGCGCAUGUAACAAAAGUAGGGAUAAUAUUCAAUCCUGAAACGUUAGCCAAACAGGAACAUACAGCUUACACUACGUUGGAGAAACUUUCAGAAACACUAAUCUUGUUGGUAUCGGUUGUAUCACAACUUCAAGCCAACUAUAUUUCAAAAUUGUUUUACAAUGCGAUAGUUUGCCAAGCCACGCAGCUAAUAGAGUCGAAUCAUGAGUUGGCAAAUGAGCUUGCGUAUAUUUACGAAGUGAAAGAAGAUUCAGCAAGGUUGGUGUCUGUAGGGAAGAUUUGGUCAAAUUGCGAUUCCCUCACGGCAUUGAUCAGCAAUGGAGCAUUGAGUUUACUCACAUCGGAAAUCAAGCAGAGCAUUGGAUUGAUUGAUGAUGGAUUUGAUGAGUUUGUUGAGUGGACAGAGAACCCAGUCGACAUGGAUGAUGAUCCAUUUGGAUUUAGCGAUGACGAUGAGGAGGAAGGGGAAGAGGAAGAGGUGAAAAGUGAGGAAGAUGCUGGAAAGCUUGCUUCGGAGGAUGCUGAGUAUGAAGAGAACACAGCAGAGCUAAAAACAUAUGCUGAAGAAUGGAUCAAGAAGAUUGAGUUGAUCAAACUUCUUCUCCCGUCGUUCAAAAAGUCCUUGCCUAAAUCGACCACUGGCUCCCAAAUAGAUGAGAUUGACACUCUACAAAGAAAAAUCUCAAACCUGAUUGAUAAAUUGAUUGUUGACUUGAUGAUGAACAGGACGAUCACAUCGCAAACAGGAUUAAUUACAAAAGAGAUGUCAUCACAUUCUCGCAAACUUGCCAAAUUGGGUGAAUCUAUACAUAACAAUGAUAAAAAGGCAACUUGGUACACCACUUGGAUCAACAAAUUCAGCUAG